AUGUUCAAUGAUAUGACUGAAACAUCAUCGUCUACUGGUAUGUCAAGAAAAACAACAAAAAGUUCAAAAAAAUUACGUUUUAAUAAAGAUACAUGGAAAAUAUUUAUUAAAUUUUUAACAAUGAAUAAUGAAUUUUAUGAAUAUACAACAUUAGAUAUUGAUGCUCAUGAUAAUUUACUUGAUGAUCGAUAUACAAUAAGAACAAGAUUAGGAAAUGCAAAAAUAUCAAAAAAAUGUUCAUAUUCAAAAUUCUUUUUAAAUGAAUAUAAAAUAGCACAACAAUUAAAAGAAUUUAUUGAUUUAAAUGAAUCUAAUAAAUUUUUUCAAGAUAUUCCAUAUUUAUCACCUUUAGGUAAAAUUUAUCUUUUGAUUUUUGAUUUAUAUUCUCAACAUGUUUAAAACGUACUGAUAAAAAUAGAAAUAAAAAUAUUGAUUUCAUAGAAUGAAAAAAAAGAAAUAUAAAGACACAAAAGACUUUAUGAGAUAGUAAAAGUGUAGAAUUCUUAGUUUUUCAACGUAAUUUGUCUGAAUGAAACGGCUUAGAAAAAACUUACUUAUGAUGAUAGAUGAAAUGGGUGUGGGUGUGGGUGUGGAUGUGGGCCUUGUCUUCAUCUACACCCACACCCAUACGCACACACCAUCCACACGCACACGCACACUCACACCCACUCACCCACACCCAUAUGCACACACCACCCACACCCACACCCACACCCACACCCACACCCAC